AUGACUGAACAUAGUUGGUUUCAUGAGUAUUGUGUAAAAACAACUUCACAUUGUAUGCAAUAUUUUGUGAUGAAGGACAGAUCACCCGUAGAAAAAUUGUUUUGGAUUCUGACGUUUCUUUGUAUGAUAUCCAUUACGUUUGGAGCUCUGAGAGCUUUGAUUUACGUUUGGAUUGAUAGUCCAACUAUAAUAUCUAUUGAAAAUACAGAAUCAGCUAUUCAGGAUAUACCUUUUCCAUCAAUUAAUAUUUGUCCAUCAAACCAACUGCGAAAAUGGAUUUGGGAAAAACACAUGAACACAAACAGCUCCUAUUGGGAACAUCUUCAAGAAUACCGAUCUAUUAUGUGUUCAUUGGAUGUUUAUAAUUAUGACGUUUCACAAAAGUUUUCAAAAAAUUAUUUUGAUAAGAAUUCAAUCGCGAAAUUGAUUAACAACUGUGCGAUUAGCUGUCCAGAAGUAUUUCAAUCAGAUGCUAAAUGGGAAAAUCUAACCGUUCCAAAUUUUUGUCAGUUUAUUCAACCAAAAAUGAGCAUACUUGGAUUAUGUUUUUCGAUUAAUAUGAUACCUUCAUUUGAAAUAUUUAAAAAUGAAUAUAAUCAAAGGUAUUUAAAUUUCUUUUCAAAAAACAAUACGUUUAUUGGUACCGAGAGAUCAAAUUGGAAUUUAGAUGAUGGAUACCCACGCAAUUCAGAAAAUGAUCAUCUUGUCAACAUAAAUCCUGCUAGAACAAGUGGUGUUAGUUAUUAUCAUCGUCUUAGAUUGAUGGCUAACACGUUGGAUCACGAAUUUUUGAGUUGUUCAUCUCAAAGUUCUUUUUUUAUUACAUUAUCUAAUCCAGUUGAAUACUUGUUGCCCGAUCCUCGAUUAUUUAUCACAUCGGACACAUAUACUAAAAUACAAAUCACUCCGUUCGUGAAAAAAAUGAAUUCGGCUUUAAAGUGGCGUUCUCCGGAAGUCAGAAAAUGCUAUUUGCAAAAUGAGAGAAAAUUAUCCAUUUUUCAACAGUAUACACAGAUGAACUGUAACCAUGAAUGUGUUUUCAAUGAAACUUUUACCAUAUGCGGCUGUGUUUCUGUUGAUAUGGCUUUCUUAGCGCCGACCGGUGUAAACAUUUGUGGUUUGGCGAAAAAAGAAUGUAUGAUAAAAGUUAAACAAGCAUCCUAUCAGCCGGAAAUGCAAAUAAUAUGCAAAUGUUUGCCAACAUGCUCUAUGGUCGAAUAUGAAAUAACAUAUGCGUCUCACUACGAUGAUUGGACUUAUAUGAAAACAACAAAUAUAGUAAAGAAUAAUUCUAGAGGUGCUACGAUUGAAUUUGUUUUCAAAAAACCUUAUUUCACAGCGUAUAUAGCCACAUCGUUUGUAGACUUGGACUCUAUAAUAAGUAAUAUUGGUGGAUUAAUAAGUUUAUGUUUGGGAUUAAAUUUAAUUAAUUUAUUCGAAAUAUUAUAUAUCAUAGUUAAAAUGGUUGGUAACUAUAUUGUACACAUGUUUGAUAAGUAG